GCCUCCGCUAAGCAUGGCGGGCGAGCUUGAGAGCUGCAAGUCCUUGAGCGGGUUGCUGAGCGGCCUGGCCCAAGACGCUUUCUACGGGCACCCGGGCAUCACGGAGGAGCUGCUGCGGAGCCAGCUCUAUCCGGACGUGCCAAUUGAAGAGUUCCGCCCCUUUCAAGCGAAGAUGAGGGGGAUUCUUAAGUCUAUUGCAUCUGCAGACAUGGAUUUCAACCAGCUGGAGGCAUUCUUGACUGCUCAAACCAAAAAGCAAGGUGGGAUCACAUCUGACCAAGCUGCUGUCAUUUCCAAAUUCUGGAAGAGCCAUAAGACAAAAAUCCGAGAGAGCCUCAUGAACCAGAGCCGCUGGGACAGUGGGCUUCGGGGCCUGAGCUGGAGAGUUGAUGGCAAAUCACAGUCAAGGCACUCAGCUGAAAUACAUACCCCUGUUGCCAUAAUGGAGCUGGAAAUAGGGAAAAGUGGACAGGAAUCUGAAUUUCUGUGUUUGGAAUUUGAUGAGAUCAAGGUCAACCAAGUCCUGAAGAAGCUCUCAGAGGUAGAAGAAAGCAUCAGCACACUGAUGCAGCCAGUCUAGCUGAAGAUGGAGUUGUUGAAGCAAAGGGCUGCUGUCACAUGAUCCUGGAGAAUUUAGAUAAUGUCUCCUGCUAUAAAAUGGAGGAAAGAAUAUCUCAUCAGAUAAAGAGAUUCCAGAUGUCAUUGGAAGGAAGGACCAUAGCUACCACAUUAGUAUUGACUCACAUAUCCAAUGAAAAUCUGUGGAAGCCCGAAGGAACAGCCCUGGGCCCACAGGGAGAGGAAAUCAUUGUCGUGGUUUGAAGCUCUGUUUAGAUCAUCCUAUGAAAGUAAUAGUCACAAAAGUGGACGUGGGGCUUUUUUACUGUAUCUGAAAACCCUAGGUCAUUGGAAAAACUGUUAGUGUGUACUGGCUUUUUCAGAAUAAUAUAAUAAUAAUAAUAAUAAAAAAGAAACUGGUUGCUGCAGGUGGUCCCCACAUUUAACACUAAACAUUUGAAUGCAAGUGGUUUUGGACAGGCUGUUUGCAUGUUUUAUAUUUCCUGGUGAUUUUUUUAAUUUCCGAUUACCAAAGGAGUUAUAUGUUUAUUGUAGUCUUUUGUGAAAAUACAGAACAUACGAAGAGGAGCAGUUAAAUGAUCCGUCAACUUAACAUACAGAGAUAACAAAAAGAAGGCCAGAACUGGGAAAAGAGUUGACUUUCCCUGAAUAAAUUCCUGGAAGUGGAGUGCAUGGUUUUUAAGACUUUGAUAAACAUUACCAAAUUGCUCUCCAGAAAGGUUAUAUCAGUUUUUAUUCCCUCUAAGAAAAUAUAAGAACAAAUCAUUCCCUUUCUUGCCUAAUUGGAUUUUAUCUGUUUUUUUGUAUUUUGGGGGACUAAUUUGUUUUUGUAAAUUUUUGCAAGGGACAUUUAUUUAAACCAGGACAUCUCCCUGGGGAGAGUGCAAGCAUAGAGAAAGGACCAGGGAAGGAGAAAAUUGACAUAAGGGUCCCAGCAGACCCCACUAGGUUUCCUACUUCUGUAAGCCUAGGUUAAAAUCACUUUAUUUUGAGUUCAGGAAAUGUGGGGCAAAAUAAAAAUAAUCCUCAGCCUGAACUAGGCCUUGUAGAAAUUGUCCCUGCUUGAGCAGUAAGCACUCUAAGUCCAGUCUGAUUAGAAAUAGUCCGGGCAAACCAAAAGUUGCUUCCGAAUAAAGUCGGAAAGAAACUCCAGACUUGAGUAGUUUCAUAUAGGUAAGGAGCAAAGGAUUUGGCUUUAUUCUCAGGACUGGCUUUUCUUGGAAGUUCUGGUUCUUAGCGGCUUCGUCAGUGAAGGCUUAAAUUCCACCAUUAUAGCCUCCUCUUUCCUUUGUAUGACCUCUCUUCUCUGUCUUGUUUUAAUGAUGAUUCAAAAAGAAUUACAGCAUUUUAAACUUUAGUUUAAUUUAUUCUCCCUCAAAUGCUAGAAGGUGGUGAAAAGCAAAGGAUGACAUUGAGUAUCUGAAAUCUUAAAUAGCUGACAUUGUGUCAAGCUAUUAGUUGUUGAAGUGCUUUUUUUAGAUCUGAGUGAAAAUUUGGAAAAGUGAAUAUAAAUAGAAGUUAAAGGAAAAUAAAUAUUAAACAGAUGUUAGAAAAUAGUGUUUUCUAAAGUGCACAAUAAAUAUCUCUACCAGUGAAGGGACAAGGAUAUAGAAGGAAGUCUUCUAGAGUCAGCUCAGAGAUGAUUGGCUAUUUUCCUAAAAGAACAGGAUGCUGGAAGAAUGGACAUUUGUGGGACAAUUGUCACCUUAUAAUUCUUAGUUGUCCAACUUUCCAGCCAAGGUUUUCAAAUAUUUUAGAUGGUGAUUUAGCCAGCAGAAGGGAAGACCCAAUAGAGUAUAAUUAGCUUGUGCUUAACUCUAGUUGCAAAGUAUACAGGUUUUUGUGGGGUUUUUUGAGGAAGAUUAGCCCUGAGCUAACAUCUGCUGCCAAUCCUCCUCUUUUUGCUGAGGAAAAUGGUCCUGAGCUAACAUCUGUGCCCAUCUUCCCCUACUUUAUAUG